AUGCCAGCAGUCGGAAGGGCCAAAGACAGAUGGCCAGAUCAACAAGCUCGACAGCACCAGCCGGCCAUGUUCAACGCGCUCAAUCGGUUCAUCUCGCGCCUUGACGGCGAUGGGCCCGCCGCACACCGCGACGAAAGCCAGAGCACCUUUGGCUUCCAGGUCCUGCGGAACACGAACCUGCAACUGGCCAUCGAGCCCUGGUUCGACUUUGUCAUCGGCAUCAAUGGCCGCAUGAUUGACGACUCGGACCCGCACCUGUUUGCCCAGGAGGUGCGCAACUGCGCCGGCAGCAGCGUCCUUCUCGGCCUCUGGAGCGCCAAGGGUCAACGUGCGCGCUCCAUGCACGUCCCGGUUCCCCCCGACACGGCCUCUCUCGGACUCGCGCUCCAGUGGACGCCGUUGUCCGUGGUGUCCAACAUCUGGCACGUGCUCGACGUGCCGUCGCGCUCGCCCGCCGAGACAGCCGGCCUGCUGCCCUAUAGCGACUAUAUUCUGGGCACGCCCGAGGGUGUGCUACACGGCGAGAGCGGUCUGGGCGAGCUGGUCGAGGACCACAUCGGCCGCCCGCUGCGGCUCUGGGUCUACAACCACGAGUACGACGUGACCCGCGAGGUGACCAUCCAGCCGAGCCGCGAUUGGGGCGGCGAGGGUGCUCUCGGCUGCGUUCUCGGCUAUGGUGCCCUGCACCGCCUGCCAGCACCGCUGAGCGAGCCCGUCAACGGCCCGGGCGAGACCAUGUUCGAUGGCGAUGCCGACAAACACCACCUGCACGCGGCCGUGAUCCCGUCCACAGACCUGUUCGAGCCGGCCGCUUUCGCCCCCCCGCCUACCUCACCGCCUGCCUCGUCCGACCAGCCAGAUCACUUCCUCGUUCCUGCACAGCUCGUCGUCCCGCCACCGCCACCGCCACCGCCUGCUGGCACUGCUGCUGCCGUGCUGCGCACCAAGAAGAAGGAUCGCCAUCACGCCAGCAAUGCCGGUCUCUCCAUGGACGACUACUUCAAGGAGGAGGAGCAAAAGAGCCAGCAGCUCGACAACGCCCCCAGCCCUUAUGCCACGCCCAUCGCCCCCCCACCAAAGGCACCGCCGCGAACAGUCACGCCCAAGACCGGCGACAGCGAUGUCGCCAGCGAAGAGCCUGCCUUGGAAUGA